CUGAUAUUUAACUAAUUUCACUCUUGAACCCCGAUUCAAAAACUCCAGGCACACUAGGGCUCGUCUCUAUACAUAUUUAUAUUGGGAUUUAUAUAUUCACCAUCACCGAAUCGAUAAAUCUCAUUUCUCAAUUACAAUUUUGUUGCUGGAUCUGCGAAAUGGAGUCUCGAGAAGCUUCUGCACUCAUCACAUCUCCCAAUUCCGACGACGAGUCCUCACUCUCCUUCACUUACGCCUUGGCUAAAGAAGCUGCCGUGCUUUUCCAUUCCGGCAACUUCUCCGAUUGUCUCCAAUUGCUCCUUCAGCUUUUGCACUACAAACCUACCGAUCCCAAGGUUCUCCAUAAUAUUGCUGUAGUAGAAAACAUUGAAGAUGGAUUUUCGAAUCCAAAGAAAUUCCUCGAAGUACUAAAUGACGUGAAGAAACGAAGUGAAGAGCUUGCAAGUGCACCUGUGGAAAAUUUAGAGGAUGUUAGCAAUGCAGAAAGUAAUGUCGUGGCAGUAUCUAACGGAAGUAGUAUAUUGGUGCCCGAAUCCUCUGCUGCUCAUAGUUCCAAAAUUGUUCAGUUUGCUGAAUUUUCCACCCAUGUGGCAUCUUUCAACAUAGCAGUCACUUGGUUUAACCUUUGUGAGUAUUCAAAGUCAUUUUCUAUUCUGGAACCAGUUUAUCGAAAAGUUGCACCUAUAAGUGAGGGGAUAGCUCUUCGUGUAUGCCUCUUGUUGCUCGAUGUUGCCUUGCUUUCACAUGAUGCCUUGAGAUCUGCUGAAGUCAUUGACUAUGUAGAGAAGAUAUCUUGUGUCACUGGCAUGAUGAAUCAAGGUGAAAAUGUGAGCCAUGCUCAACUACAGCCUCAGAGCCUAGUCACCAGACCUUCUUCAGUUCCUAACAGCACACCUAAUUCCGAAAUUUUGAGUGGUGAUUCUGCUACAAAUACAUCUGAAAUUUCUUUGUCUAGAAGUUUAUCAGAGGAGGCAGAAUAUGAAAACUUAUUUUCAACUCUUGACAUGAGUGGGCAAAACCUAUCAAGACCCUCUGUUCUCCAUUCUUUGAAUGAUAUCUCAAGAACUCAAGUUGAUGAUUCUUUGCCGGUCACUGAUUUGAGACUCAAGUUGCAUCUAUACAAGGUUCGGUUUCUUCUUCUUACCAGGAACCCUAAGGCAGCCAAACGUGAAGUUAAGAUGGCCAUGAACAUAGCUAGGGGAAAUAAUUCCAUGGUUCUCUUUCUGAAGGCUCAGCUUGAAUAUGCCCGUGGAAAUCAUCCUAAAGCAAUUAAGCUUUUAAUGGCUUCAAGCAAUCGAACAGAAAUCGGAACUUCUAUCAUGUUCUACAAUAAUCUCGGUUGUAUUCACUUUCAACUUGGCAAGUAUCAAACAUCAGCUUUGUACUUUUCCAAGGCAUUAAGUACCAGUUCAGCAAUGAGGAAGGAAAAGCCUCAUUGCGGUACUAGUUUCUCGGCAGACAAAUACCUCCGCAUAGCUUAUAAUUGUGGCAUGCAGUACUUAGCUUGUGGCAAACCAAUCCUUGCUGCUCGAUGUUUCCACAAAGCCAGUUUAAUUUCCUACAAUCGGCCUCUCUUAUGGCUACGAAUUGCUGAAUGUUGUUUAAUGGCCCUUGAAAAGGGACUCCUGUAUUCUGAUGGAGAUUUGUCUAGCAGAUCAGAGGUUAAAGUCCGUGUUGUUGGAAAGGGAAAGUGGAGGCAUCUUGUAAUUGAGGACAGGGAAUUGAGAAGUAGCCAGGCAGGUUUUAUUGGUCGAGAAGAUUCAUUGAUCCGUAGUGAUAAACAACCCAAACUUUCGAUGUCUCUGGCUCGUCAGUGUCUAUUAAAUGCAUUACAGCUGCUAAACUCUUCCGAGUCUCUGCACUUGAGCUCCGGUUUGCCAUCUGAUUUAGCUAUUGAUGAAAAAGCAUUUUCUAAAAGUACCAACUAUAAGGGUGUGGUAGGAGGUGAUUCUCAGGCACAUAAUAUGGCAGUUGGUUCAGGUCAGUUUGCAAAUGGGGAAUUGAAAGAACCAAAAGGUGCAAGUAUUCUGAAUGCUACUUUACAAAACUCUGUUUCUGAUCACGAAGAUAUUUGCAGAAAAGAGAUCCAGAUAAUUAGACAAUCUGUUCUUGCUGAUUUGGCAUAUGUAGAGUUGGAAUUAGGGAAUCCCUUGAAAGCCUUGUCAACUGCAAGGACUCUCUUGAAAUUUACAGAGUGUUCAAAAAUAUACCUAUUCUUGGCCAAUGUUUUUGCAGCUGAGGCUCUCUGCUUGCUCAAUCGUCCGAAGGAAGCUGCAGAGCAUUUGAUGAUCUAUCUUACUAGUGGGAACAUUGUUGAACAUCCUUUUACCCAAGAAGAUUAUGAGUUCUGGCGAGUAGACAAAAACGUGAAAUGUGAGGAGUCAAAUGGUGGUUCAAUGGAUGCCAACAAUCCUUCAGCUGGUGAUGGACAAGUUUUUGCACUCAAUUCUGAAGAGGCACGGGGGACUCUCUAUGCAGACCUAGCUACCAUUUCUGCGAGACAGGGUGAUCUUGAGCAAGCCAGUAGAUUUUCAAGCCUAGCAUUGUCCACUAUACCAAACAGCCCUGAAGCCAUGUUAACUGCAACUUACUUGGAUCUCAUGUGGGGGAAGCCUCAUGAAGCUGUCAAAAAGUUUAAAAAUUUUAGUCGUGUUAGUUUCCUUGAUGGCAGUUUUGCAGUGAAAGGAUCGUUGUGAUCUAGUAAAGCAGUGAAUAUAUUGAUCCUUGACAAUCCACCAGUCACCCUGAGUUUAGUAGGUAGGUCAAAGUUCCUAUAAGAAUAUAAAGAGGAUCUGUAACAUAUAUAUAGUUCAGUUCAGGGUAUGAUUUUUCAGUUUCCUUUGAAUUUAGUUAAAAAUUUAAAUUUUUCGA